GGGAAACUGCCAGUGAAAGCUGACGCUGACUUUGAGUGCGCGCUAAAUUCAAAGUCCAGGCUCUGCGUAAAACUGAAGUACAAACAACUAGAGAUUUCCUGAGGAUUUAAGAUAGUUAGGUAGUUGUAAUUUAUUUUCAAAGGUUUUUCAUUUCUUAAAAAGACUCAGCUGUGCCUCAGCGUCCAAAAUAGUUUGGGACUUUCCACAACCGAUGUUUACGCACAGCUGUCUUGGUUUUACUUAUGAGCUUAUGCCUGAAACUGCCAGGAUCCGUUGUUUAUCGCCUUGGAAGUGACUGUAUGUACCCAGAUGGAUCAGUGACUGCUGACAGGUAUGCUAGAUGAAAUGGAGUAACGUUUCCAAUGGAUAGAGCAGAGCUUCUGUGGUUACUUGCUAGUUUCUGUCAGGUGAUUUUGCUGACAUGUGAACAGCAUUUAAACCCUGUUGAGCUUGACGUUAUUUUUCAGUCAUUCCCUUCCACUAAAGAUCCAGACACCUACGCAGUCUCCUGCAGGACUGCAAGUAACCAUCUGGUGUAUGUGCAGCCCAUUGAUCAUUCAGCAUGCUCCCGUGACUGCAAAAUGUCACUGCGAUUGAUUGACGACCCAAGAGGAUACAACAUCACGCUGAGAGCCAGCAGAAAUGAUGUAACUCUUGAGGCAAAGACCUUUCACUUUAUUCCAGUCUCCCUGUCCUCCCUUCAAGUAUACAGCACUGCGACUACUGCUCUCCUGACAUGGGAACUUCACAGACAACAAAGCCUAACUACCUUGAGUCUAUACAACACUCACACACAAUCUGUCACACACAUCUUCAACGUCAGCUCAUCAGUGGCAGAGUCUCAAUACGCAGUGAAAGGUCUCCAGCCUGGGACACGCUUCAAGGCCAAAGUUGUGGUGACAACAUUCCUCAAACACCUUAAUAUGAGCUUGAAGCAGAGACUCGACAUUGGCAUGGAAACAGCUCAGUGCCCUCCUGACUGGUUGGCCAAUGAGAGAAGCUGCUAUACUGUGAGCAGGACAGGUUUGACGUGGAGUGAUGCCCUGCACAGAUGCAAAAACUUGGCAGCUGGAAGUCACCUGGCUGACCUGAAGACCCGGGAAGAUCUGCUCUUCAUAUCUUCUCACCUGCUGAGCCACAACAACCUGCUGCUGCUGUGGACUGGACUCAACGACCAGCAGGAGGAGGGACAACCUCUCUGGUCUGAUGGCUCAGUCCAUAAUCUGACGAACACUAUGAAGUCAUCACUGCCAGCCAAUCAGACAGACUGUUUUGCCCUUCAGAGGAAUGCUAUAGGGCCCGGAUACUUUCUCACUCCAUUCUUCUGUAACAUCCCCUUACCCUUCAUCUGCCAGUACCAGACCCCUCAAGUCCCUGCCUUAUUCUCCUUUGACCUGGUUCGGGUGACAGAGCAACAGGUAGCGCUUCACUGGAGUGACCUCUCACCCUUGAACUCACUUAAUAUUUCAUCUUUCGAGAUAUUUCUCCAGUACCAAGAGGAGGCAACUGGAGAGUCUGGUCAAAGAGAAGAAGAUAGAGGCAGGAAGUCAGAGGACAAAAAGAGGACACAGAACAAAAAAAUGGUCAAGGUCCCAAUUUCCCUGUCCUCUAGAGGGGUAACUGUGACAGGUUUGUCUCCAGGGAGUGUUUACUCUUUCACCCUUCGAGCGGCUCACCCUGCUGGCUCCACCUGGAGCUUGGGACAAACACGGACCGCCUACACUAGACCUCUUCCUCCUCAAAAUAUCACUCUUGGCCCUAUUACCAUCAGUCAGAUUAGUGUCCACUGGGUGCUGCCAGUUGCACAGUUAAGGGUCGGAUGGACAUUUGUUGUGCGCUAUGUGGACAUGUCUUCAAGACAAGAGAAGAUAGUUGGAAUGACCAACAUCUCCAGGUUAUCAGAGACUGGUGGGUUGCAGCCAUACACUGCUGUGAUUGGAGGGCUGGAGUCUUAUAGGAAAUACAGGGUUGAAGUUAACACAGUCACCCAGCAUGGGAUAGGGAGCUGUGGACAGGUGCCUGUGACUGUACAGACUGCGGUGAGAGCUCCUGGUGAUCUGGUGGUGUUGAGCUCGAUGGCAAAUCUUACAGUCUGCUGGACCAGCCCACCUGAUGACCCACCAGACGGUUAUUAUAUCACAUUCCACCCACCCAUUAACCCCACACCAACUUCACUGUGGAUAAACCAGUCCAGUCCUGGUGUACAGUGGGUAAAUGAGUCUGUGUGUGUUAAUCUGGGCACAUUCACUCCAGGUCAAACAUAUGAAGUUGGAGUAGUCUCACUGAGGGGGGAAGAUAGGAGCAUGAAGACCAGCAUCAUAUACACCACAGAUCCAAUGCCGGUUCAGGUAGUGGUCCCUCUUUCAGUGGGUGUAAACUCUGCACAACUGUACAUCCAGCAUCCACAACUGGGUCUGAUUGAUGGGGUGAAAGUGUGUGUAUGUCCACAAGUGUGCGACAGUGUGUGUGAGAGAUCGUGUGGGUACACAUGUGACUGGUACUCUCUCCCUGCCGGCGUUCAUAUCAUAACUCUUCGCAACCUUGGUCCAGGAUCAGAGUACCAGCUCAGGGUGCACAGCACCAGUCGAGAGCAGAUUGGACCACCUUACUACACCCGCCCUGUUAGAACAAGUCUGGCUCCUCCCGACAGAGUGAGGGAGGGUGUGGUGACAGAUUCAUCCAUAGAGCUGCUUUGGGAUCCAGCACAAGGGCAGGCUCACAGCUACGAGGUCAUCUGCCUUAACUGUGACCAUUCACACAUGGUGCAGAAGGUUUUCAGUCCCAGUGCAGUGUUUUCUAGUCUGACUCCAGGCAGACUCUACCACUUUGUAGUACGAACAGAGAAGGAGUCCUUCACAGACAGUUCCCCCGUCUCUAUCAACAUCACUGCAGCUCCCAGCCCAGUUGAGGUGUCUCUUGUCAGUAAGACCACAUCCUCCAUAUGCAUUCAUUGGGUUAUGGUCAGGGGAGUGGUAAGCGGACUCAUCCUGUCAAUCAAAAACAGAACAUCCAAUCAAGAGCUGAUGAUUUUUCAUCAGGAGCCCAGAUCUUACAACUUCGAAGGCCUUGCUCCCGGAAGCCAAUAUACAAUUGAAGUGAUUAGCACCAGCGGGGAAAAAAGGAGUGAACCUUGUACUAUGAUCCUCCAUACUAUCCCAGAGGUGCCACAGGAAGUGACUCUGUCAGAGCCGGUAGUGACGUCUGUGUUUGUUACCUGGAGACCAUCACGGGGACAGGUAGAGGGGUACAGGCUUGUUUUUGGCCUGCUGUCUGUGGACACGAAAUCGUGGAUUGAGGUGCUUGUCCAGGGCACAAGUUAUGAGAUCAGGGAUUUGAUCCCUGGGUCAGACUACAGUGUCAGCAUUCAGAGUGUGCUCGGCUCAGACACCAGUCAGGCAGUCCACAGAGAGUUCAGUACACGCCCGGCAGGAUUAUGCGCCCUUCAUUUAGCCAACAUAAACUCUACUUCUGUCUCUGUGAGCUGGGACAGUGCAUUCGGAGAGUUUGACUUCCACAGAGUGACUGUAACCAACACCUCAGUCACAAACACACUCACCAUACCCAAGAAGGAGCGGUUUGCCGUGGUCACAGGGCUGGUGCACGGCUGCAGCUACAACGUUAGCGCUGAGAGAGUGAGAGGAGUGACAGCGGGGAGCCCUGCCUUUCUGACUGUAACCACAGUGCCAGCCCGUGUACAAGGAGUGCGUUUCGUGAAUGUCUCUGCACGUGCAUUCUCCCUACGUUGGGAGCAGGCGGUGGGGUGUGUGGAUCAUUACGAGGUGACCCUGCAACCAAACCAGGGGAAAGUCACAGUGCACCCAGCACGUGAUGGAUACAUUCAGGCCGAUGUGGUAAAUGUCAGUCCGGGGACAAAAUACACCGUAACAGUCACAGUAGCCUCUUCCUCCUCCUCCUCCUCCUCCUCCUCCUACUCCUCCUCCAACAUCAGCCCUGGAGUCAGUCGCAUGAUCAAUACUAAUGAGAGUGUUCUUGGACCACCUUUAGGCCUAGAAGGAGAGGCCGUGGGCUCUAAUGGUAUUCUGCUCUCCUGGACCAUGCCACCUGAUGCCAACAACAUUGAUGGAUAUGUCAUCAGGUACAAGGAGGUGUGUCCUUACCCCGAUCCCACCUUCACACAGACGACCAAGUACCUGGACAUACCAGAGACCCUGCUCACUGACUUCACCUCAGGUUCCACGUACCACAUUGAGGUAGCAGCCAUAUCUCCAGCUGGAAUAGGAGCCUUCAGCAAAUCUUUAUACAUAAAGACUGCUGAGUCCCCCCCUGGCCUGGUGACCAACUUGACAGCGUUUGCUCAGAACCACACCUUCGUCGUGGUUACCUGGUUCCUGCCGCACCGCAUCAAUGGCCUUAUCACAAAGUUUGCUGUCAAGGCGAAACAUGCUCGUACUGGGCAGACUGUCCGCAUGCUGGAGGUCAAUGCAGAAGACAUCAUGACCGGAGCACUGCCUCACUGCAAUGAUGCAGCCGAUAUCCUGUCCCGUGCGACUCUUAGUCCCUUGGAGAUAACAGCAUCGUCUCCACCCAUCACCCUUUCCGCCGUGCCCCCUGCAGCCUCCUGGAGUGUGCCCAUAUCAGUAGGAGUUGAUCAGCUUCGACCUUACACUGCUUAUCUAUUUGAAGUGUCUGCCUUCACUUCUGAUGGAGAGGGACAGAUAGCCUCCACUAUGGUCCGUAUGCCAGAAUCAGCCCCUGAGGACUCACCACAAAACUUUGUAUUAAAUAUGACGUCUCGAUCAAUCUCCGUGUCCUGGAACUCUCCCAAUAUUAUCACAGGAAAAUUCACCUACAUGCUCUACCUUUAUGGACCUACAGGAUAUUUGUAUGAGAACAGCACAGGGGACAUGCGGUUUGUAUUUACUGGUUUGACCCCCUACACAAGGUACACAGUGGCCGUCCGAGCAAAAGCUGCUGGAGAAGUGGGUCCAGCAGCGCAGGAUGAUGUAAUUACACCUGCUGAAGCACCCAGUGCAGUGCAGGACUUGGUGGCAAUAGCUGAGGACUCAGUUUCAAUCCGUGUGAGUUGGAGAAGUCCUGCUCAACCCAACGGCUUGAUCACGCAGUACAGAUUGCAGGUUCUGGUUGACAACAUACUGCUGCAAGACAUCACCCUCAUGGCAGAAGUGAAUACAACAAUUAUGGAUGAAGAUCAGACACUUCCCCCUGAUGUCCAUAACAAUCCAGGGCGACGUAAGAGAACUGCUGAGCUCAGCCUGAUCACAUCACCGCCAACUUUCACGGCCACUAUUUCUGAUCGCACGCUGCCCACUACUGUGACUACUUCCAGCCCUGCACACUCCAAUGACCAAAUCAGUAACACCGAUGCUCACCCAACUGCAGGCUCCACAAUCACUGAGGAGCCCAGCACCAGUUACGCUUCUGCUUCACACUCUAACAGCACAAAUAUUCAGCCUACUGACUCUGCAGUCGUUGAGACCUCUGAAUUUGCUUUUACCUCUGUGCCACCUGCUACACCUCCACCCUGGCUGACGGAGCAAUCUCAUACUGGGGUUAUGACCUCAGAUUCCUCCCCAUUACCCCUGACCCUAGGCCAGCUUCACUUGUCCACGCAUGAUGCAUCGAUUACAGGACACUUAUCAACACGCAGUGCGACGGCUUCUGGUACUACAGGUGUAACAGUGAGAGAGGAGAUGGUGGGUGUUUUCUCUGAAGAAUUGUCUUACCUGGUGUACGAUCUGAGUCCCUUCACCGCUUACACGUUCAGGGUCACCGCUUCUACAACUGUGGGGGAGGGUCCUGCAGCAAAUAUCACUGAGAAGACCAGAGAGCAGGUCCCUAGCUCAGUGCUUGACGUGUCCUAUCAAAACAUCACCUCCAACUCCAUACUAGUGAGCUGGGUCCCACCACUCAACCCCAAUGGGCUGAUCACACAUUACACUGUCUAUGGUCUCAAACUGCACAGUAAUCAGGCUCUCAAGUGGGUUACUAACACUACCAGCAUACUGAUAACAGAUCUGGACAAGUAUACUGGUUAUAAACUACGUGUAGCUGCAUCGACAGCUGUGGGAGAGAGCUCUCUGUCUGAGGAAGAUGACAUCUUUGUUUUCACCUUAGAGGAUGAGCCUGAAUCGCCCCCUGUGAACCUCACUGUGGAUGAGACCAGCCCCUCCACUGCCACACUAGUCUGGUCUCCACCAGAGAAAGCCAAUGGGGUGAUACAACAUUAUGAGGUCCUGUAUGAGAACGAAUCCUACUCUGCACUGAUGAACACGUCCUCUAACAGAGUCACACUGAUGAACUUGAAACCAUUCUCCUACUACAAUGUGUCUGUGAGGGCGUACACGCGUUACGGCCACGGCAACCAAACGUCAGACACUUUAUACCUGCUGUCUGGAGAGGACGUCCCAGGCAGUCCUCCAUAUGGCGUUACUUUUGAGUCGGUCAGUCCCAGCGAGGUGAACGUGACCUGGCAGCCUCCUCUGCUGCCUAACGGGCUCAUUACCCACUACAGCCUGGAGCUCUGGAAUUCCACUCACUACCUGAACCUCACUUCCCCGUCCAACUACAUCCACAUCACGCACCUGAGGAAGUAUGCACACUACCGCGUCAUGGUGCAAGCGCACACACGUGUCGGGCCCGGAAACUACAGCAGCGAGCCGCUCAACAUCACCACACUGGAGGAUGUGCCAAGUGACUCAGUGCGAAACCUGACUGCUCAGAUCUUCAGCUCCACAGCCAUCAUCGUCAGCUGGGACCCUCCCAUGGAGCCAAACGGCCGCCCCUACUACCUGCUCACCUUACAAGAAGCCGGCGUCCCCCCAAAUUUAUCCAACCAAGGGACUCCAGCUGUCAACAAGACUAUCAAGCAUACCACAACUGAUAAUGUCUUCCUAUUCACCAGACUCAAGAAAUAUUUCCCUUACGUGCUGACUGUUACUCCGGCAACAGGUGCUGGCCCUGCCUUGAACCAUACCAGCACAAUGUACCUGAGAACGGAUGAUGAUAUUCCUAGUUCUGCUCCAGUGCUGUUGUCCGCCAGGAAUCUGUCAUCGUCUUCUAUCGCAGUGGUCUGGCAGCGCCCUCUUGAGGCCAACGGAGAGAUAACAGAGUAUAUGCUCACUCUAUUCGGCUUAGUGGGCUCCAACACAACGCAUACCCCCAACACUUCAAUCAUCCUCACCGACUUAAUUCCAUACACAGCUUACAACCUCACUAUUACUGCUGCAACGCGUAAAGGAUCAGGGCCGUAUCUGCUGGUGCAGCUGCGCACUGAUGAAGGAGGCCCCAUGUCCCCUCCCCGUAACCUGACUAUAUACAACCACACAUCGGUCUCUGUGUGGCUGAGCUGGGAGCCUCCUCUGGAGCCCAAUGGAGUGGUGAUACAGUACGGCUUCAGGAUCCGAAACCUCAUCACACAAGCCGUCACACACAGGAAUUCCUCCGGUCCGUCGACCACUGAGCACCUAUCAGGCUUCAGGCCUCAUAGCUCCUAUGAGAUCAGUGUUUACAGUUACACCAGAGUGGGCCAUGGGAACCAGUUCAGCAGCCCGGUGACCUUCACUGUCUGAUGCUGUGGGGAACCUGUCUUGCUUAGGAGUGAGCUGGGAUUCAGUUCAGCUGUCUUGGGAACUUCCGGCCAACCCUAAUGGGCAGAUCCUUUUUUAUGAGAUUCUGUUGGAGGUAGACUUGCAGUCCUACACACUCCAGGCUUACACAUCAGAGUACACAGUGACUGGGCUGUCACCAGACCAGGGAUACGCACUCACUGUGGCUGCAGUCAACUCCGCAGGACCAGGAGACAGAGUAAACUGUACUGCUUCCACUCUCUCUGAAUCAGUCCCAGCUGCUCCUCACCUCCUCACUAUCUCUCAGGUCACACCUAACAAUGUGACACUUCAGUGGGCUCCACCGCUCUCCAUCCCAGGCCUGCUGAAAGAGUAUCACAUCAUUGCACAGCUGCUUUCAACUGUUUGUCAACCAAACAUACUAACUACUCCGCAGCCGGCCCCAGAGGAUGAACUGACCUCAGACUGCGUGGACUCUAAUGUCACAGUGUCUGUGAAUGCCUCGGAUGGCACAGAAGAGAACCACAGCGUCACACUCCAAUCCCUGGCUAAAUACAGAUACUACCGCUUCAAAGUGGCUGCUGUGACCAAUGCUGGAGUUGGCGAAUAUACACACUGGAAUUAUGCACUCACCCUGGCUGGAAACCCAGAUGCUCCUCCCCGUGACUUGAAUGUGACCCCAACCUCCAACGGCCUUCGCAUCGCAUGGGGCGCUCCAGCUGUUCUCUCUGGACCGACUUCGUACCUAGUGCAGGUGGAUGGUCCUGAUUUGAACAUCUCAACAGUCCGAGCUCCAGGAGAGUUGACGACUGUCGUUGUGACUAACUUGACUGCUUUCACUCGUUACUUUGUGACUAUCACUGCCUUCACUGGUCCAUUGGAGCGCGCCACCAGCGAUGGGAAGGCUAUUGGGCCUAUUGAAUAUCAAACACUGGAAGAGGAACCCAAAGACCCUCCCAAGAAUGUGAUUGUAUCAAUCAUCCCAGAGGAAGUGAACCGCGUGAAGGUGACUUUUACCCCUCCAGAGGAGCCCAAUGGAAACAUAACUGCCUACUUUGUGUACAUCUACGUAAAGGAUCAGCUUGUCAAGAAUGUCAGCCUUAAUAUCACCCAAAGAGACCAAAACAUGAUGACUGCUGUCAUAGAGGGCUUAAAGGGAGGAAACAGCUACAGUAUACAGAUUUCAGCAAAGAACGGGGCUGGUAGCAGUCCACCCAGCCCACAUGUCCAGAUAACUACGGGGAUCAAAGCCCCGGCCAAGCCAACCCAAAGACCCCAGGCAGUACUGGGCCAUGGAGGGGUUGCCAUGGUAACCCACAGGAGUAUCACCAUCCGCAUGCCUGCCUGUUUCUAUAGUGACAACAAUGGACCAAUCACAAAAAUUCAGGUCAUCGUGGCCGAGUCAGGGGUGAAGGACAACCAGAACCUGACCAACUGGAAGAAUGCGUUUUUUUAUCGCCCUGCCCCUUACCUGACUGACAAGGGGUUCCCCAACCCGCCAUGUGACGGGACAUCACGCAUGGACACACGUGUCAGAGGUGGUCGCAGUGUGUCUGAAGGCGGCCGGCCCCUGGUGAGGCAAAAUCACACUACGGCAGGAACGUACGUCAUCGGAGAGAACGAUGAGUGUAUGAUGGAGAACAACACUGAUAAUUUCUGCAAUGGACCUCUGAAGCCUAACACAGUCUAUGUGUUCAAGUUCAGAGCCACUAACAUCAAUGGCCAAUCCACAGACUCUGAGUACUCAGACCAUGUCAAAACUGCAGUGGACGGGCUGUUGACCAGAGAUGAGCAGAUCAUUCUGGGAGUUCUGCUCUCCUUCUUCUUGUCUGUGUUACUCAUCAUCAUCAUCUGUGGCUCAGUCAAGAUCCAUCAGCGCAAGAAGGAGGGUGGGACUUAUUCACCCAGAGAGGCAGAGAUCAUAGAGACCAAGUGUAAACUGGAUCAGCUGAUUGCCGUGGCCGAUCUGGAGCUGAAACAAGAAAAACUCAACCGGUACUCUUCCUUCUUCUUUAGACGGAAAGAGAUUUAUGUGAUUCAGCUGCUCAGCUACAGGAAAUCUCUCAAGCCUGUCAACAAGAAGUCUUUUCUGCAGCACGUAGAGGAUCUCUGUGCCAAUGACAAUGCCAAGUUUCAGGAAGAGUUUGCUGAGCUUCCAAAACUGCUGCAGGACCUGGCCACCACAGACGCUGACCUGCCCUGGAACAAAUCCAAAAACCGAUUCCCCAACAUCAAACCUUACAAUAACAACCGAGUAAAAUUGCUGUCAGAACCGGGCUCUGCGGGUUCUGACUACAUCAAUGCCAGCUUUGUCUCAGGCUACCUUUGUCCCAAUGAGUUCAUAGCCACCCAGGGUCCUCUGCCUGGCACAGUGGCUGAUUUUUGGAGGAUGAUCUGGGAAACAGGAACCCGCACCAUCGCCAUGCUCACGCAGUGUUACGAGAAGGGCAGAAUUCGGUGCCACAAGUACUGGCCAGAGGACAAUAAGCCCAUGUCAGUGUUUAGUGACAUUCUCAUCUCUAAAGUGUCAGAGGAAGUCCUUCCAGACUGGACUGUCAGAACCCUAAAAGUAGAAAAGCACGGGCACUACAUUCUGGUUCGCCACUUCAACUACACAUCGUGGCCUGAGCACGGAGUCCCAGAGUCCUGCAGCACUCUCAUCAAGUUUGUCAAAGCUGUGCGAGCCCACAGGCACGACAACACAACUAUAGUGGUCCACUGCAGUGCUGGUGUGGGCAGAACGGGUGUGUUUAUUGCUCUCGACCACCUCAUUCAGCACGUCAGAGAUCACGACUUUGUGGAUAUUUAUGGCCUGGUGGCUGAACUGCGCAGCGAGAGGAUGUGUAUGGUGCAGAAUCUGGCCCAGUACAUCUUCUUGUACCAAAGUACACUGGAACUUCUAAACAACAAAGGCAACAGUCAAUCCAUCUGGUUUGUCAGUUAUUCUGCUCUGGAGAAGAUGGACUCCCUGGAGGCGAUGGAAGGUGAUGUCGAGCUGGAAUGGGAAGAGACCACUAUGUAAAGACCGACACAGAUGGACACCUUGCCCGAACGAGAGUGAUGCUGUUACGAGGUCACUGGGAUGAUAACCCCGGGCUGUAAUGCCUCCACCACACGAGAGGGAGGAGGAGAAACAUGAGGUGAACAGCACAGUCUGAACUGAAUGAUCUGUCAGUCAACUAAGACUUUGUUGCUCCACUUCAACCCAUUUCUCAGCAAAGUCCUCCCCUUUAAUGAACCUCUCGUCCACCAUUUUUCAAAGAGAGAGAGAAACAAGAGGGAGACAGGGACAGAGAAUUUCUGAAAUGACAGGCAGAAUAGAGCAAAAACGUUGAGCGCUCUAUCACAUCUGAAAGCCUACAGGUACUUUGCACAAAUUGAUUUCACUGUUACGAUUGUAUUAUGUUAAUAUCAUCUAUGUUUUUGUAAGAUAAUUUAUUCAGCCAAAGUGGUGUUUUUUUGUUUUUUUUCACUCUCUUUGUAAUUCUGCCUUUGUCGAAGUGCAUUUAUGUUUUGUUUAUCCUUUCUCAAGCGUGAUUUGCAAA